AUGGUGACUAAUUGGCAUGAAAAGAGGGCUCAAGUUUGUGUUUAUCUAGAAUAUAAGAAGCAAAAAUGCAAUGGUAGCGGAGCUGAGCAGCAGAGAGACAGGCGGGAUCUUUAUCUGUCCCCGAGUGUGAUCCCCUGCCCGUUAACCUGUCAGCAUGCUGCAGCCAUGCUCUGUACACGGAAGAGCAAGCUAAGGGGGGACCGCACAGUCAUGCACGACUUCAGUGGAGGGGCUCUGGAGCUCAGGCGCUACAAAUCCAUUGAUAAUAAAAAUGGGUCCAAUGAUACAGGGGUUGUAAUACAGAGAUCCCCACGUCAGGAAUCAGCUGUAUCUAUGCCAGCUAGCCCUGCCCGGACCAGCAGCAGAUGCCGGGGGUCUCCAAUCACCGGAUACGACACUGAUGCUAACAGUGGAAGUUUUAAUAAUCUGUCCAGUGGGACCAGUUACUACAGCUGCGUCAGCCAGAUCACUAUAGGGUUUGAAGUUAAUGGACCAGUUUCCAUAGGAAUAUCUCACUGGAAACCGCCAUAUGUUCAAAAGGAGACUUACCUUCACAAUGAGACCCAUCUCCCAUUUGAACACUCGCAACAAAAUACUGAUCUUACUGCCAAUCCAGGGUCUUGCUCCUUCUUGACACAAAUGGAUUUAUCAGCUUCCUUAUCAUGUCCGACUUCUUUGUCAAUUAUCCCAGCUCCUUCACAAAGCAGCAGCCAGGAAACGCUAAGCCAGGACUCUGACAUUAACCAGGGAAUAAGUAUCUCCAUCCAUGGGUCUAAAAACCAGCUGCAAAUUCAUCAUAGAAAAAGUGUGGCAAAUAAUUCCUUUCCCGAGGAUCGAAUUGUGGUCAGGCAUUCUUCUCUACCUCCAAUAAGAAGGGCAAUAAAGAUGGAAGCAUCUUCCUCUGGCAAAUGUGCACUCUCCAAUGGAAAUACAGAUAUAUAAUCCAGUUACCCAUCAGUAAAGGAUAUAAAUAUUUUCUUUGAUGAAUUAGAAGCUGCAAACAGCCCUUCCAAAGAUGAUGACUCUCUGCUACAUGCUGGGAACUUGACAAGUAUGUCAGAUGAGGUCAGCAGAUUAGAUCCAGAAGAGGUUAUCAAUGUUCCAGAGAAAGUCAAAUCAUAUGGAUUGUUUUUUUUAGAUGGAAAGAGUCGCAUUGACUAUAUAUUGGUGUACAGCACCAGUCCUCAGUCAGAUAAAAGAGAGGUUUUCGAAAGGAAUAUUAGGCAGAAGGUUUUGCACAUGGAGAAAGAGUCAUCGAUAACAAACAGUGACAUCAUAUUUGUGAAGUUACACGCACCCUGGGAGGUUCUAGGACGAUAUGCAGAGCAGAUGAAUGUUAGGAUGCCUUUCAGGAGAAAAAUCUAUUACCUGCACCGACGCUACAAGUUCAUGAGCAGGAUGGAGAAGCAAUUAAGCAGGUUUCGAGGAUGGUUGCCAAAAAAGCCCAUGCGAUUGGACAAGGAGACAAUUCCAGAUCUUGAAGAGAAUGACUGUUAUACUGCACCCUUCAGCCAGCAGAGGAUCCACCAUUUUAUCAUAAAUAACAAAGACACAUUUUUCAACAACGCCACACGGAGUAGAAUUGUACAUCAUAUUUUACAAAGAGUUAGGUACGAAGAGGGAAAAAAUAAAAUAGGACUGAACCGCUUGCUUUCAAACUGCACCUAUGAAGCGGCGUUUCCUCUACAUGAGGGAAGUUAUCGAAGCAAAAACUCGAUAAAAACGCAUGGAGCAGAAAAUCACAGACAUCUCUUGUUUGAGUGCUGGGCAUCCUGGGGAGUUUGGUAUAAAUAUCAGCCACUUGACCUUGUACGAAGGUAUUUUGGAGAGAAGAUUGGGCUUUACUUUGCAUGGCUAGGCUGGUACACAGGAAUGCUCUUCCCAGCCGCCAUUAUAGGAUUAUUUGUCUUCUUGUACGGAAUGUUUACACUGGACAACUGCCAAGUCAGUAAAGAAAUCUGCCAGGCUACAGAUAUAAUUAUGUGUCCACUCUGUGAUAAGUACUGUCCCUUCAUGAGGUUAUCAGACAGUUGUGUCUAUGCCAAGGUGACACAUCUGUUUGACAAUGGAGCUACCGUCUUUUUUGCAGUGUUCAUGGCAGUUUGGGCAACAGUUUUUCUAGAAUUUUGGAAGCGAAGAAGAGCUGUCAUUGCCUAUGACUGGGAUUUAAUAGACUGGGAAGAAGAAGAGGAAGAAAUCCGUCCUCAGUUUGAAGCCAAAUACUCCAAGAAAGAGCGAAUGAACCCUAUAUCAGGAAAGCCAGAGCCUUACCAAGCAUUUACAGAUAAAUGCAGCCGACUUGUAGUUUCUGCUUCUGGAAUAUUUUUUAUGAUAUGUGUUGUAAUUGCUGCUGUUUUUGGCAUUGUUAUUUACCGUGUUGUGACUGUCAGUACGUUUGCUGCCUUUAAAUGGGCCCUUAUCAGGAAUAACUCUCAGGUUGCCACUACAGGGACUGCAGUAUGCAUCAACUUUUGCAUCAUAAUGCUCCUUAAUGUGCUCUAUGAAAGAGUUGCACUUUUCCUCACAAAUCUUGAACAACCACGUACUGAAUCAGAGUGGGAGAACAGCUUUACUUUGAAAAUGUUUCUUUUUCAGUUUGUCAAUCUGAACAGCUCAACAUUUUACAUAGCCUUCUUCCUCGGAAGAUUUACUGGAAGACCGGGGGCAUAUUUAAGACUUAUAAACAGAUGGCGACUAGAAGAGUGUCAUCCUAGCGGUUGCCUUAUUGAUCUAUGCAUGCAGAUGGGGAUAAUAAUGGUUUUGAAGCAGACCUGGAAUAAUUUCAUGGAGCUGGGCUACCCCUUGAUUCAGAAUUGGUGGACCCGGAGAAGGUUAAGGCAAGAGCAUGGUCCACAAGUUAAAGCAAACUUUCCACAGUGGGAAAAAGACUAUAAUUUACAGCCCAUCAAUGCUUAUGGACUCUUUGAAGAAUAUCUUGAAAUGAUUCUCCAGUUUGGUUUCACAACAAUUUUUGUAGCUGCUUUCCCUUUGGCACCACUUCUUGCCUUACUUAACAAUAUUAUUGAAAUUCGCCUUGAUGCUUACAAAUUCAUCACCCAGUGGAGACGACCUUUGGCUUCACGCGCCAAAGACAUAGGUAUAUGGUAUGGAAUCCUAGAAGGCAUUGGAAUUCUCUCCGUUAUAACUAAUGCAUUUGUCAUAGCUGUGACUUCAGACUUCAUUCCUCGACUGGUUUACGCUUAUAAAUAUGGACCAUGUGCGGGUCAAGGACAAGCAGGAGAAAAGUGCAUGGUGGGUUAUGUGAAUGCCAGUUUAUCCAUUUUUUUGGUGACUGAUUUUGAAAAUCGUUCAGAAGCGUAUCAUGGAAGAGAAUGGAAUGUGUCAUCCAUAAGAUAUUGCCGAUACCGAGACUACAGAGAUCCCCCAAACGCUCCCGAACCCUAUGCGUACACACUGCAGUUUUGGCACGUUUUAGCGGCACGGUUGGCUUUUAUCAUUGUGUUUGAGCAUCUUGUUUUUUGCAUAAAGAAUUUGAUCUCCUAUCUAAUACCUGACCUCCCAAAAGACUUAAGGGACCGGAUGAGGAGAGAAAAAUACCUUAUACAAGAAAUGAUGUAUGAAGCAGAAUUAGAACGAGUACAAAAAGAAAAGAAGGAAAGAAAAAAACAUGAAAAAUAUCAGAACAAUGAGUGGCCCUAAAUGUGGAAAAUAGCGUUUAAAAGAGCAGAGAUGGCAGCUCCCAAUUCACUUCUUUACAGCCAAUGAAGAAAAUACAACUUUAUUGCAUGGAAACAUAAGGACAGCAACACAGUGUUCAGCACAUGACAACUGAUAUACUGUGAAAUCUUUAUGCAAUCAAAAAUUGCAAUAUUCACGUUAGCAGAGCAAGCAUGCAAUUAUUAGAAGAUGUACUCAAAUUUCUAUACUGCUUAAUGAAAGCAUACGAUGGAACGUUUUUUUUUCCAUAUUUUUAUACGUUUUUGCAUAUUGCCUCAUGUCUGUUUUACAGAAAGUGUGCGUUCUGAUGCCAUUCUUUACUUCAUAGAAUGUUUACACCUUUCAUUCAAUCAGCAUAUUUGGAACUUCAAAUCUGUUUACAAUAGAAACCAUUUUUGUACUUCAGAUAUUUCUGAGGAAAGUUUCUAUGAUAUUGUACAUCUUGUAUUGUAAAUAUAUAUAUGUAUAUAGAACAAAACGCUUCAUUAUUUGUACAUAGUCAAUGCCGAAAAAAGAGAAUGUCGAGUUUUCAAAGUUUAAAUAAAAUUUCUUGGGUAAAAAAAAAAAGCCACAUUUUAUGCUUGUAAUAUGUGAUGCAAUAAACUAUAUUAUGCAACUAAA